CACACUCUUCUUCAACAACCUCACUUCAUCACAUCGUAAAAUGGUGACCGGCGUGGAGAUAGCAGGCCUUGUCCUAGGUUCAAUUCCCUUGAUCAUGAAGAGCCUAGAGUUCUACACGCAAGGCAUCGCUACUACUAAACGCUUCUUCAGAUACCACGAGCAGUUCCAGAAUUUAAUACGAGAGCUGAGUACCGAGAAUGCUGUAUACAUCAAUACUUUGAAUAUACUGCUCGUUGGGGUUGUGAAGAACAAAGAUAUGCCCGAGUUUCUAUCAGACCCGUGCGGCAAGCGCUGGAAAGACGACAAGUUCGAUCAGAAGCUGAAGCAGCGAUUGGGAGCCAGCCACGACCCUUUUAUGAGGACUCUCGGCGACUUGGUACAGACGAUCGAGAAAUUCAAACAAAUGCUCAAGUUAGAUCCCGGUGGCAAUCCUCGAUUCAACGACAAGAAUUCAUUCAAGAAAUACUACAAAGCCUUAGCUUUCAGCUUGCAGAAGUCUGAUUACGACAGCCUUAUGAAUUCAGUCCGUCGGUCUACCGAGUCCCUUGAACGAAUCACGAAACAAACCAAGACACUUGAGUCGCUUCAGCUAUCGAGCAAGGACAAUAAGCGACAAGCGCCGAACUUCAAGAAGAUCAAAACUCGUGCGCAAGCUCUCCAUUCAUCUCUUUGUGCAGGAUGGAAUUGUAAAUGCCACUCAACAGCACAUGUCACCAAUCUUCGAUUAGAGCCCAGAAUCAACGUGGACGACACCGAUGACAGCGAUGCUAGUGAUGAUGAUGGAAGAUCAAUGAGCGACCCCUUCCAUGUGGUAUUUCGCAACCAUAAACAACAGCUCACACCUUCCGCCGCCAUAGUAGCUUCUUUGGAAGAAUGGGCGUGGGAGGAGGCGGACGUGCACAUCACUUUUGAGAAACAGACCACAAAAUCGGCUACCCAGAACAGUAAGAAGGGCGUUCAUUUCACCAAAGAGGCAAAGAAAUCGGUGUCUGUCAUGUCAUACACAGAGUCUGAGACGCAACGAAUACAAAGUCUCUGUACAGCUAUCAGAACAUUACAACAGUCUCAGCGAGCAACCUGCCUGUCCCUUAGUGGACUUUACGAGAGAGAGUGCGGAAUACUUUUGUAUCCGGUAAAAAAGGCUCUGGUGCAAACAGAGGCUUGGUCGAUGCCAACACUCCAAGCUGUGCUGAAGGAUCCAGCUUUCAGCAGAAAGGAUCGCAUACAACUGGCAGUAACACUGGCAUCUAGCACCUUGCAAUUACACGACUCCCCAUGGUUAGAUGAUUCCUGGACAAAGGACGACAUAAUGUUCAUCAAGCGAUCAGAUAAAACAGUUUAUGAUCACGCAUUCAUCCCUCAUCGAUUAGCGACGGAGGCAUCACCUGCUGGUAGCCUUCCGCCUGCAAUACGUAGCAUAAUACGCAACCAGACGCUCUACCGAUUGGGCGUCACACUUAUCGAGUUGUGGUACGGAAAGUCAAUCUCAGAGCUCGAAGCGCCUGGAGACGAUUCGCAGAUGUCGUCAUUUCUAACCGAAUUUAACACUGCCGACAGGUUGGUGUCUAAUCUUUACAAUGACGCUGGAAAAAAAUAUGCCAAUGCUGUGCGAAGAUGUAUCAGGUGUGAGUUUGAUCAUCAUGUUACGACCUUGGAGAACACGGCUUUUCAGCAGGCAGUGUACCAAGGUGUGGUGGCUCAAUUAAAGGAGAAUUUCGAUUUCCUACAUUCAUGA